AUGUCCACCCCGCAGAGAAAAGAUGCCGGGGUCCGCAUCGAGCCUGUGGAUCGACCGGAAGAUAUCGAACAAGCAUUCCACUGCCUCGGCGAGGCCUUCGGCCGCCAGGCUCAAGACGGUGUCUGGACCGCAAUGAAUCCUGGAUGGGACACGCCUACAGGAAAAGCGAGCGGAGCUGCGCGGAUGGUCGCCCGCUGGCGAGGAAUUACCACCGACAAGAAUGGCAAUCCCAAUACCGUCUUUCUGAAGGCAACGGUGCCUAGUGCGCAAGCAGAUGGAGAACGCACCGUUGCUGGACUCGCUAUCUGGGCACAGGCUUCCUGUGUUGAGGGCUAUGGCGAUCCUCCAAGUGAGGAUAUGGUUAAAGCUAUGAAUCUUGAGGAAUUGUAUCCUGGAAAUGAAACCGAGCAGCGCUAUCUCGCCCAGGUCAUGACUUCCUUUCUGCGUAAGCGCAAUGAGGUCAUCAAGGAAAAGGCUUCUUCUACUCAGCCGGCUGUGCUGGUAUUGGAUAUAUGUGCUGUUGAUCCGGCUCAUCAGCGCAAGGGCAUUGCAAAAGGACUAGUGCAGUGGGGUCUGGAUGAGGCAAAGCGACGCGGUGAUUUGGAGUUGAUCCUUGAGGGGUCUAGUAUGGGGAGACUCGUAUAUGCGCAAAUGGGAUUUGAGGCACAAGGGCCAGAUGUUGAUUAUAUUGUUGAUGAGGAGUUUGCUGGUCGAAGCAGACCAGCCAACGUCUUCAUGCGCAGGCGGAAUGGGAAUUCUUAG